UAUACACACACGAAAAGAAUCAAGGAGAUCGUUCUUUGUAUAAGAUUUUUUUGUAAAGAUAUUUGCCGCGCCUUUGUGGGGAGAUUUUAGGGCUAGGUUUUAAUGUUUAAGGUAUGCAGCGGGAUCAUUGGCAUUGGCGUGAGGAAGAGAGCUGGAUCGAUCGGAUCUGGAGCCGGUUUUCUCGCGCUCUCGUGUCGUUGGAUCAAUGGAGCUGCCGGCAGUCGAUUCAAUAGCGAUGACGGCGGCAAGAGGUACAGCGUCAUCAAGAUCGACAAGAAUGGGGUUUGGGAGACGUUAUCCCUCAGCUUGGUUGAAUUGGGGAUCCAUCCGAGAGAUAUGGAUGUGAUCACUGGGAAUUCUUUCAUUCCAAGUCGAGCGACGCUCGCAUUGCGGUAUGACAAGGUGUUGGUGAGGAUGGAAAACGUCAGAGCCCUUGUUUCCAGAGAUUUUUGUCUGCUUUUUGAUGCACACAGGAGACGCCAGCCGCGAGAAGCUGUCGUUCCAACUAAGAAAGUGGAAACAGACGUGACACACAAAGCAGCUAGGGAUGCUUUUGCAACUUCACUGGCUAGGUAUGCGAGGGAUACGCCAAACUCUCAUAUGGACCAAAUGCCUUUCCACCUCCGGAUGAUGGAAUGCCUGUUUGAAGAAACUAGCAACUUUUUCAACCAGAAAGUUGAAAGAUUGACAGUGGUUGCGGAACGGGCACUCGAGGAUUUAACCCUUGGCGUUAGUACUGGUCGGUUGCAGAGACUGCUGCCACUGAAACGAUCGCUGACAGAAGUGGAACAUGACAUCAGGGAUACGCACGAAGUUAUGGACCAGGUUUUGAACAGUGAGGAAAUGCUUCGGUCAUUCUGCCUGGAAGUCCCUGCAAGUUGUGUAGAUGUUGACUCUGAGAAAGCAAAGGCCAAGGUUCGCCAACUAGCUGCAGACAUGCUAUUUACAUACUUGAGAGAGAUUGACGACGCUGGCGCUGUUCUGGAAGAGUUGAGGAAGGAAAUGGAUGCGGCUCAAGAGGUUUGGGAGCUAGGCCUGGAUGCUACACGAAACCGUAUUAUCACUACCAACCUAUACAUUAGUUUUGCCACACUGUCAUUCAGUCUGGCAACUUUACCUGGCAGCUUUUUUGGCAUGAACGUCACCAAUGGCUGGGAGAACGAUCCCAAUAUGUUCCGGCUGAUAGCAGGAACAACCCUGUGUACAGCAACAAUCCUUGGCGUAGCGCUGAUAGUUGGAUUCCGAGUUUGGCCCCGUUUUGUGGACAGACGCCGUGCACAGGAACAUGCGGCACUCCUUGAUCUACUUCAGCAUAUCGAUGACAUUGAAGAGAUUUUCAGGGACAUUGAGCUAAAAGCUGGAGGCCGCAACAUUUCCAAAGAGCAAUUCCAUCAAAUUCUCCGGAGCCAUCCUUCCUCGCGUUUCAUGCGACAGAGGGAGAUCGAUUUUUUAUUCCGCAUGUUCGACAGGAAUCAGGAUAGCUACCUCGAGGCCUCUGAGAGGAAGUUUACGUCGCAAAGGAUGCCAAAGGCUGGCUAGUCAGUCACGACAUAAAUAACGUUUACACCUCAAACUUCGACGAGACCGAGAAAACUGAAAGACAUAACGUGGACACGAUCAAAACGCAGAAGAGUAGUGGAAACACGAAGUGGUCGGCCGCCAGGGCAAGAGAAUAAAGAGGGACGCCGAGUCAAAAAAACGGCGGUGGAUCUUCGCUGCCUACCCUUCCUUUUUCGUGUAAGUGGGAACAGCAGCGCUACGUGACAGGGAUUCUUAUCGUCAAAAGCAUUGAGUAUGUGGUAACGACGUUUUGCAAAAGGAGAUUCAGCAUCCAAGUGAUUUAUUUAGACGAAGACAACGUUCCUUGCGUUGAGACAUCCUUGUCUUUGGUCGUUCGUACGUACGUACAUAGAAUGUUCCAUAUUGUCGGGAGAAUAUAUUUUGGGAGGAGAAUA